AUGCCAAGCAAUGCUCGACAAGAAAUUGCAGACAUCAGGCUGAAUUCGACACUCUCCGGCCAACUAGAGCAGAUCUGGAACCAUAGAGUCUGGGACCUAUUUGACACGUCGAAGGGGCUCUGGCCUAGGAUGGAAAGUCAGAGUUGCUAUGGUGGCAUUGGAGAAACACUUGAUGAUGCUCCUAUCAGCGACGAUCGAUCAAACAGGGACGCAUGCGAUGUGUUGCAGGAUGGAGAAGGGAUACACGGUGAUAGACAAGAUGAAGAGGAGGAUGACGGGGAUGAUGAUGAUGACGACGUGGAGGACUGGGAGCUCGAAGACGACGAGGAUGACUACGAUGAUGAUGAUCCUGGAUAUGACAGCGACCUUAUCGGAACCAACAAAGAGCCCAACUCAGAACCGCUUAUCAGAGUGGAGGGCAAGUCUGCCAAGCCAGCAUUCGACGAGUUCCAUGAGCUUCUAUUCCAACUAUGUCUCACGCUAUGCACCGAGACAUUCAUCGAUGGACAACCGGGCUCUACGUUGUUGGUAUACUUCAGUGGGGUUCUUGGAUUCUCUGGAGACUGUCGCAAGUUCCUACUCGCCCGGCAGUACUGCCCCCAACUGUCAGCAAUCAUCCAUAUCCAGCGCAUAUUGCUUCUGGAGCGUGCGUUACCGCUACGUCCAUAUCCCAUUGUCGGCAUUCCGCAGCGGCCGCGGACGGAGCAGCUCGAGACCUUGAAUAAAAUUCGAGAAAAGUACAUGGUUUUAGGCUCGCAAUCCCCAGUCGCAGAGCUGGUGAGCCUUCGAGACUUUGGCCGCAAUGCUGCCCGCACCGAGCCACCAUCGACCCUCUUCCACUGGAGCAGUGACGGCGAAACAGUCUCUGACGGAACUCUCAAGCUGACAAUGAGGGAAUUUCGUAAACUCCCAGAAUACUUCAUCUCACGGGCGGAAGCACUAUGUGAUAGUCUUAUGUUCGGUAUGAAACCCGAUGUCGACCUCUCAAAGAUCAAAGACGACAUGGCUAGUUCAGAAAGCGGCUACUGCUUCAUAGAGCACCCGGGGAAUGGCCUUAAAUCAGCAUACCUAGAUCUACUCGUCCAAGCUUACACUUCGAGCAAGAAUGGACUUGCUAGGGGCGGCACCUGGAAGUGGCAUGCCGUCGUAUCAUACUUGAAACGAGUGGCCGAGAUGGAGGAGCAGCUCGCCGGUGGUCUUCACACCGAAUGCGGUCAGACUCCGCGAGUGCGCGAACUCUUCAGUCUUGAAUGUGAGAAUGGUCCAAGCACGACUUGUGGGAUAUACGUCUGGGCAUGUUAG